AGCUCUGCUUAGACGUUGGCCAGUCGUCUUAGGACCUAGCUUUAUUUUCCGUCGAUAUGUAUCUUCCGGGCGAAUUUUACAGGCUUUAAACUAUCUGAAUGCGUGGGCAACUUCGCACAAUUAGGCUAUUAUUUUUAACUAAUCUUUUAGAAUUUUUAUGCCUCAUUAAAGCCAUAUUUGCUGCUGUCAAUAUUGUUUUUGGUGUCAUGGAAGCCGAUAAGAUUGUUGUCCAUGCGAUGCCUCCUUAUGGGGGAUCUAUAUCAGCAUCACCUUUCCCUAUUCGAGUUGAAAUGUUUCUCAGAUUGGCAAAAAUUCCUCAUACGGUGUCUAAAAAAUCUCCAUUUCAUUCCUACACUAAGAAGACGCCCUGGGUUGAGUAUAAAGGCCAGAAUAUCCCAGAUUCAACGCAUAUCCUUGAAAUGUUUGUGGAUGAUUUCAAAGUUGACUUAGACGAGCAUUUAACACAAGAAGAACGCGCUAUCUCACGAGCUUUCCAGCGCAUGCUGAGCGAGGGUGCAUUGUUCGCUGGGUUUGCAUGGCGCUUUACUCUUUCGGAUAACGGAAAGCUGAUGGUGAAAAGCCUCUUAGGCGGCGGAGUGGUAGGCAAUGCAAUUUCGCAAUUCGCUGGAAUGGGAAUGAGAAAAAAUGUGUGGGCACAGGGUACAGGGCGAAUGACACGUGAGCAAAUUUUGAAAGGCUGUUUUGAUGACAUCGAUGCAUGUUCAGUUUUUUUGGCGAACAAACCUUAUAUGAUGGGCGAUCGCGUAUCUUUUAUUGACUGUUUGAUGUUCGGAUUUUUGCAGACGAUUUUUUUUACAUUUCACUGUUCAACAGAUGAGAAUCCGAUAAAAGAUCAUAUGUUAAAGCGCCAAAAUCUGGACAGUUAUCGACAAAGAAUCCAGAAUGAGGUUUUCCCCGAUUGGAAAGAAAUUGCAGAGAACAAAGAAUCAACAAGGACAUGGGCACCUGAUUUAUAAAACUAUCGAAAGCAGUUGGGAAAACAAAUCAAACUUACGUCUUUAAAAUAUAAAUCUAUCGAAAUAUCAAAUAAGUUUGUACAUUCAGUUACAUCAGCUAAAAAUUCAAAAUAAUAUAAAAUUGAUUUGAUUUAUUUGGACAAAACGAAUAAAAUGUGAUUUGAAAGUA